CAAGAUGGUGAAAAUGAAAAAGUAAGCGAAAGCGUUGAAGCGGUACCCUCAGUGGGUGAGAAGGUAGCGCAAAUACGUUCCCGCGUGAUAGAGACUCCGCCAGGUGGAGGUCACAUAGGCAACGUAGAAAGUGGCGCAGCUGCAGCUUCGCCUAAUAGCUACGAUGGACGACCGGAUGACAGUGUUGGCGAUGCCUUGCAGUUGCUUGAAGAAGAGAUAGACGAGGAAAACACUAACAGGCACUGUGCAGGUGCGCUCAUAGUGGAACCAGCUCCGGUGAGUCUGCCUUCUGACUUUUUGCAGCGCUUGCCUUCAAGGGACGGUGGCGGACGAGAUCGAGAGACCGCUGGGCGGACGUCAAAGCCGAUCACUUUGGGUGCGGGGAACAGCAGAGCAAUUGCAAGUGCAAGCACUUCACCGGAGAAGAACGAAAACAGUGCGAAGGUCGACGUGCGGCUAUUGAAGGCAUUUCACGAGGCUGUUUUUCUUGCGGACGUCACUGAAAUAACCCAUGUGCUCGAGAGGAUCGCUGGUGACGCAGCGGAAGAACGGGCUUGUGCGCUGGACGAAGUCGCAACCUUUGUGAACACAAUCAACGAGUAUGGGCACACAGCCUUGAUGAUUGCGGUCGCACGGUAUCCCCGUUGUCCGAAAGCUUACCGAGAGGUCACAAAGCUUUUGUUGCAGCACGGAGCGGAUAUGCGCCUGGUUGGAGAGCGAAAGCGGCAAAAAGGGUUAGUUCCGCAAAUACCGAUAAAGUCUGAGACGGACAAGCCAGAGUCUGAGACAGAAACCGCUAUAGAGGAUCGUGCACGUGCUGGGUACUCUACACAGAAAGUUUCUGACCUUGAGGGCAUCGAAAAUAUCGUGGCUCCAGUGCCUGCAGAACGACCUGGUAUUGGAGCGGUGUCUUCAGCUUCUGGUGCUGCGUCGCACGCUCGGAUGAAUAUUGCCUCAGAGCAACAUCAGAUCAAAAUGAACACCGCACUGUCCUCUGCGUCGACGGAGAAAAAAAAGCCGCCCCGUGGAUGUUCGCCUUUGGCCCGGCGGGAGCGUAGCACUAGUGCCAAAGCCGCUGGUAGAAAAAGGGGAACGGCACUGCGUGUCUUGAGUUUUCUGAAACGAAAGAUGCUUUGUAGGAAAGGCAUGGCAAGUCAAGAAGAGCCUGCGGAAACAACCGGAACAAGCGACGCUGGGCCCAGCCAACAAGAGCCACACAAGAUGGUGCUUCUGAAUCCAACAAGCGCUGCAACUCCCAGCCAUGCUGGUUCCCCGCCUCAGGGUAAACCUGCUGAAGCUGCAAAUUGUAUCGCGCUAUCAACUUCUUCUUCUAUGCCACCUGUAGCGAUUGCGGGCUCGCCGUGCGUAGACGCCGCUGGGGAGCACGAAGGUAGUGCCGAGAAUUGUCUAACGGGGGAAGAUUCUUCUGCCACAGUGCGCAGCGUGAAUCGCAGUGUGCGUAGCUCGUCUGCACCGGUGCAUUCUUCGGGUCUAAAUUCCCGACCUGCGCCAGGGGUCCUCGACAGCACAAGUUCACUAGGAAUAAAGACGCGACAGUUUCCUUGGCAGGUGUUCUGGUCUCCGCUAGAUGAAGCGGUCUCGCAAAACAAUCGGGCACUCGUCGAGCUUCUCGUGAACCAGGGCGCAGAGAUGGAGGAGCUAGACGAGGCACAGCAGGCAGGCGCCAAAAGGAAACCGCAGGACGAGAACAUCGACUCUCCUUCACCUGCAGGAAGGAUGGCGCAUAAAAACGCGCUGAAUUCUACGAUCAGCACGAACUCGCCGGCGUCUUCCGUCGGAACGCGAUCCACGGUUCGCCGCCGAAGAGCAUCAGCCGCCGCGAAACGGUGGGAGAAACGGCUAGCUUCGCUCGCGGAUUCGAUGGCCGUACUCCCCGAUUUCUACCUGGAGUUAGAUUACCGACUCGAACUUGCGCCCUGGAACAAUCGUUUCUUCAGCGUAAAUUUGUCUCACCUUGAUCUCGGCCCUUCCGACACGGUAAAAGUCUACAAGCAGGGCAGAAAGCUCCGCAUCGACAGCACAUUGGCGUCCUACAAGAAAAAGCGACCCAGCUUCUUCGAACCAAGGAUCAAACGAAGAAAGCUCACGACGUUGUUCAUUCCACAGAUGAACGUCGCCCAGCACGGUCCUGACUCUGCCGCACUUUCUCCGAACGAAAUGAAAAAUAUCGACAGCGCCGAGGACGUCGUUGUAGAAAGAUUUGAGCGAGAUAAAGAUAAAGAAAGUUGGGAGCCUUUGCCCCCUCGUUCUCAGCACGAUCAAGCUUUGUCUCCCCGGAAGGCAGAGCUGCUGUUAAUCAACCACACCAAGAAGUCGUUCUCUUUUGCUGACGACACGAACCUGUCGCAAGCGGAAAGGAAAGUGAUUGUCGAAGAGCUCAUGGCCUCGGACGUUUUCAGCUGGGAACUCGAUCUGCCGACCGACACUCCGGAUUCGCUUUCCAAGGCGCCCUCCACAGAGGAGUUGCAUUUUCACCCGCAGACGCAAUUUGUGAACAGCUUUCCCUGUAGGCGCCUCGAGCUGAACAUCGAUUCCGUUCUGCACUUGCGACAGAAGGGCCAGUCGAACUGGAUCCGCGGCCAAAUGUUCGAGACCUACUUUCAUGAGCCUCUGCCAAUGGGUAAGGCGUUGCCAGAGGUGGUCGCUUCGAGCAUGUUGCACAGUAGCAAGCCCCGCAGCAUUGAUGGCGAAAGCCAGAUUGACAAAGACAAUCCAGAGUUGCAUUGCUUCGAUGAAGGCACAUACGAGGCGGAGCUGCAUGAAAUCCUUAAUGAUGAUUCGUGGACCAGCGAGGAAUGGGAAACGUACUCCGAGGUGGACCUCAGCAACUCGCUCGGCGACCCCUCUGUUUUCGCACUGAAAAAGCCGGGCGGGGACUUCGCCACCUUCGAGCCCAUCGACGAAGAGGAGGUCGUGCUGGACUUUGACAGCUACAACAACAAUCUCGAAGAUGAAGAUGAAUUGUUGCCGCGUUAUGCUGCUGCUCUGGAUAUCGAUACUGCCAGUUCCAUCACCGGAACUGCGUUCCUCUCGCCGGUGGCGAAAAGGGACGAGCAGGUUUACGGCGAGGACAACUUUUCAGCGAAUGACCUGCUGCACGCCAGUCCGAACGAUUUCUCGCUCCUCUCCGAGCAGCCCUCGGUCUUCAGUACGGUGAGUCGAGCCAACAGCCUUGCGAAACCGGGAGGAGACACGGGCGAGUUCGCGAAAAGACCUAGGAACUUUGCGACGAAGCGCCGACCCUCACGAGGAAUCGGGGCAGAAAGAUUAUCAGCAGCUCCCCAUGAUCAAGUUGCUGGAGGGGGAACGAUAAGUGCGCGUGACGGAUUUAGUGCGAAAACCGCUUCAAGGAGCCAUUUUAAAGACUCGUCGGGCGCUAGAAAUUAUUCUAGGGGUCGGGUUUCGCAGUCGCAACUACCGCACAAAGCCUCGGAAGAUAGUGGAAACAAAAACGCACCGACGCACCAACGGAGCCAGUUUGAUAAGGUCGGCUCGUCAACACGCAGAAUUCAUGUCGAUCUGUGGCUGACGGACCGCCUUCCGUUCUUGAUGAAGGAUUUGGAGCCUAUUCUGCAGCUGAUCACGGAGCGGCACCGUACCUUCCGAAAGAUUGGAGAAUUCUGGAAGAGCUGCAGCCAAAGGCAGCAGUUUUCACUUCUGUCCACUGCAAGUACGACCUCGUCCACAACUGUCCACGGCGAAGAACGCGAACAAGCUGUGAAAAAACCACUUUUCCCGAUAAAAAUCGCAGUGCCUUUCAACUUUGCUAUCCGAGCCUGCAUGGAAGUAAAAAAAUACACGCCGUACAACGAUAGCGCCGCUCGCGCUCGGCGCGAUUGCGGGCAGGAUACAGAGGAGUUUUGGACUCUGCCAGCCGACUACACUUUGGCUGCGCGUCACCAAUCUUCAAAAAUUGGCCAGCGCAAGAAAAAGCGAUCGCUUUUCACUAACUUUUACUUGUGAAAUUCGACUGCAGGAGGGCCCACGAAAAAAGAAACUAAAGCUAAGAAGCGUCACUGAAUCGUCUUCCCGCAUGAAAUGAACGAGUACUGAACGUGUCAAAUGUCUACAGUGGAUGUUUGGGCGGGUGCCGCCCUGCACGGCUCCUGCGUUCUUGCAGUGGUUGUGUGUACUAUGAUAGAUACAAGCACGGUGAUA